CCUCAUUACGCCAAACAAACAACUUCCAUUUUGCACCCAACCAAGUGGCAAACUAGCUAGGCUCUAGCACUCUUUCCCUUGGCGCUUCUUCCAUCCUUUUUAUUCUGUGAAGCUGUUUCUCUUGAGCCUGCCGGUAUUUGAUUCAAACCAUCCACAGCAGCACAUGGUUGCAUCAUUCUUUUAAGAGGACUGCUUCAAUUGAGAUAACAAUGAUAGAGUCACUUUUUGGAUUUCUUCUUCUUUUGACCACAUUCCUGGGAUUCGGGCCUCUAGGUGCUCAUGCCCGCAAAACGGAAUGUACCUAUGACAUUAUUAUCAAUGGAGUAGCGAUCGAGGGGGACAAUACCGAAUGCUUCAAGUCACCAGGAAAUGGACUCCCUGCAUUGGUUUCAGGGUCAGAAGCAGACCCCAUUGUGGUGUGGGAUCCAGAUGCCCCUUGUGGAGGUGAACAUGGCAGCUACAUUCAUUACGCCGGCAUGGGAAGCAUGAAAAACUUCGAACCCAUGACAGCUGGGGCGGGAGAUGUCGUGCAUACCUAUCGAGCAGCCGUCUUUGGAAAGGGCCUUCCUUUGGCAGAGGAAACCACAGGUUGUGUCCAAUUUGAUACCACCUCUGUUGGCCCACUCAAAUGCCAGAAAUCCUGGAAGGUGGCGCGAUUUGGCAGCUCAUGUCCCAAAAAGCCAACAGAGGAGGAGCUCUGAGUGUUCUGGUUGCUUGUGGCAAUUGUAACGACUGU